GCAGAGCAGAGUAGAUUUGCAGAGAAGACUUCUCAGACCUGUGAGCAGAUAAAAUUGGCACAGUGAGGCAACGUUACAGGUGCAGUCCGAUAACCUCACUUGUACAAUGGGUAAUCUCUUCAGUCGCUUGUAUGAUGCUCUGAUGAGUUUCUAUGGAAUGGAUGCAAGAAUCCUGAUGCUGGGAUUAGAUGCGGCUGGGAAAACUACCAUUUUAUAUAAGCUGAAACUGAAUGAAACUGUCACUAGCAUUCCCACUAUUGGUUUCAAUGUGGAAACUGUAGAACCCAUGAAAAAUGUAUCCUUCACAGUCUGGGAUGUUGGUGGCCAAACAAAGAUCAGAGCCUUGUGGAAACACUACUUCAUGAACACAGAUGGAUUGAUCUUUGUAAUUGACAGUGCAGAUCCUGAACGGUUUGAAGAAGCUGGGGAAGAGCUGAGAGCUAUUCUGGAAGAUGAUCAGAUGAGAACAGUGCCUUUUGUGAUUCUGGCAAAUAAACAGGACCGGCCUGAAGCCCGUCAGUGUUCUGAGCUAGUGGAGGCUCUGGGUCUGAGGAAAAUGAGAGGGCAUGAAUGGCAUGUGGAGGGAUGUUGUGCCAUAAAUGGAGUAGGACUGGUGGAAGGUUUAGAAAAACUCUCUCAGAUGGUUAAGCAAUACAGAAAAACAAAGGUAUUCAAAAACUGACAACAUCUUAUGAAGCCAGACGUAACAACCCAGGACAAUGUUGCUGAACAGGUUUAUGAAUAGCAGCAAAAUAAAUGUUACAGAACAAACAGAAGUUAACAUUAUAGACAGCUCAGAUAAAUGUUUGCAUUUGAUG